AUGGCAGACUGCUCGUACGCUCGCUGUGUUCAGGAGCGGCGCUACAUAAGACGAGAGCUGGCCAAGUGGACGAAAAAUAUGGUGCACAUAGUCGGACUAGAACGUGUCGCUGAAGAAUUGAUGGGACGCAGGAAAUGGAAACACUAUCAGGACGUCCUAACGCGACAACAGUUAAAUCUGCUGGACCCCAGUACAACAAACACCACCGAGGACGAUCUGCUGAGCGGCACCACCGGUGUAGCCGCUGCCGCCGCUGCAGCAGCUGCAGCCGCGGCCGCCCAACUCCAGCAGGGGCAGCUGAUGAAUACCGCCAGCGCUACAGCCGCUGCCGCAGCCCUCUCGCUUGCUGGCGGCGGCAUGAUCGAUCAGAAGACCAGUCCCGCCGCCAUUGUGGCCGCAGCCAACGCUGCUGCUGUGGCUUCCCUCACGACACCUGCCGCUGCCCAAGCUGCCAACACAACUGCCGCGACAGCUAUAGUACGAAACGGGCACUGUCAGCAAGGCGACGUAGAUGUCGAUCCCAAAAUUGCCGCCUCCGCCAGCCCCGACAGUCCCCGUGCCACCAACUGUCUGGCGUCGGAAAAGCUCAGCCCCUCUAGUGCCAGAUCGCCACGACACGGCAAGGACGAUCGUUCGGUCUCGCCGGUAUCGCGCGACUGUCACGCCAAUGAUAACGGCACGGCGACGCCAUCGACCGGUACGACAAUGGACGGAGCGUCUCCCAUGCCCUCGUCACCCUCGGGAACGAUUGAUGGAGAUCCAGCGCGGCCCAAGUCAGCCUCCGGUCCCCAGCAAGUAACUGCCGAGCCAAGAAAAUCUAGCACACCCGAUCGUCGCGCGUCUUCCGUGACAAGUCCCGAUCUCCAAGGAGACCAAACUGCCACCGAACAUGAAAGUGUGUCCAUUGUGAAACAGGAACCCGUAGAAAAUUCUACAGAAAAUGAAGAUACGUCGCUGAUAAAAUCGGAACAACCAAACCCAGAAUCGACUGAGGCGGCGGCGGCAAAGCUGAGCCUCGUGUCGAAGUUGCCCAUUGUCGGGACGAACAACAACAACACUAUCAACAGUAACAACAACACAAUCCAGCAUCGCAGCAACGGAAUGGCGACCGAGGAUGGUUCCACCGGAACCCCGCCGGUAACGACGGAAACGCCCACAGAAUCUGAGGGUGCCACGCCGAUCGACUGGAAACCACAGGACAAGUGCUACUUCUGCGUCGACGGUAAACUCCUGACCGUGAACGAGGCAGGCGAGUUGGUACCCGAGUCUGGUCCGGCCCCAAUCGAAGGAGACCGUUUUCUUAACCGACGGGCCGCUGCCGCUGCUGCUGCUGCCGCGAUGGCCGAAUCCGACAGCGAUACGAGCGAGAGCAGUGAGCCAGAACUUUUGGCUAAUUUGUUGAGCGUCGGUGCGGCCGGUGGCGUGUCCGCCAAAUCGCUGGCCGGUUUGUUGCGUGAGGCCGGAGUCUCCCAAAAUCUGCCCUCGUUGCAGUCGUUCGUGGCGCAGUACACGGCGGCUGCAUCACUGCAGGGUCUGCAGCCGAAUCUUGCCCAGCUCUACAACCCUCUCUGGUAUUCGCAACUACAGCAGCAAAUGUCACCGACCACCGUCGAAUCUGGUGCUGGGGCCGCAUCCGCUGCCAUCAGUCCUACAGCUGCGGCCAAGCUGGCCGCCGAGCUUGGGACGACGGUUGGCGGGACCGGGGAGCAACCGCUUGAUCUCAGUGCGAAACCGAGCACUUCCGGUAUGACAUCACUGCUGAGCAGUAUGAUGGAUUCGAAGCAUAUCUACAAGGCAAAGCCACGGUUAUCACCUAUCGGAGGGCGCAAAACCUACACUGAGGAUGGCUUGCAGAAUGCGCUGCAGGACAUACUAAGCGGGCGGCUCGGUACACGCAAGGCAGCAAUGCAGUACGGCAUUCCGCGAUCGACGCUACGCAACAAGGUCUAUAAGAUGGCGCUCGGCAGCAAGCGCGGCAUGGCGUCACUUCUGGAUGAUGACGACGAUAAGGAUUCGCAGGAUGGUGACAUCAAGGAUGGUGACCUGCUGGACAAACUGCCCCAGCACAUGCUGGCGGAUAUGUUGCUGAAGAUGUACGGCGCCACCGGCACAACCCGACCGCAAGAGACAAACCUCACCCGUACUCCGCCCGCCAUCGCUACCCCGCCUGCCCAUCGUGCCACACCCGAGCCGGCCUCACUGGACAUAGCCGGUAUGAGCCUAAAGCCACAUCCCAGCUCCCUCCCGGUACCGAUGCAACCGUCGUCGGCACCACGUCAGUCCGCCACGACGACUGGCACACCUCCCGCGACAACACAGCCGCCGCAGUCGUCACCGCUAGUGGCCGCGGCAGCAUCCAGUCUGCUCACGCCGAAUCUAGUGAUGCAGGUCGAACGCGUACUACAGGUAACGGCGACGGCACAGGCAUCGGGGGAAACACAGCAAGCACUGGCCGAACUUCCAGAACUCCUCCGGAAGAUCAUCGAUCAGCAGCAGCUGCUGGCGGAUCAGAUCAAGAAAGCCAGCGGCAGUGUACCGGCGGCUGCGUCAGUACAACCGUCCGUGUCGGGAAGGCCGGGUUCCAGCCCCAUAAUUUCCGGACAUCCAGCGGUCUCUGGAACACCCUCCCUGGGAAACUCCUCCGCGCUUGAUGCGGCACUAGCAAGAUCUCCCUCGCUCAGUGCGGCACUCAACGCGAACGGAACCGUUCCACCAGCGGUGUCUCUAGAUUCCUAUCUACCGUAUCUACAGCAGCUGCAACAGCAACAGCAGCACGGGAAGCUGCGCACGAUGUCCGCCGGGACUCCGGACACGCCCGCGUCGAUGUCGUCGAUCGAGCUGAAUGACGCCGCAAGUGAUGAUCCGCACGUCAUUCUAAAGAUUCCGUCCUACGGACGAGCGCCCGGCACUUCCCCGGGUGUUGGCGUCCCUGCCAGUAGCAAAAAUGGCGACCUGGAACGGCACCUGCACCAGCACAAUAUGACCACUCCGUCACCUCCGACAGCGGCGGCCGCCGCCGUGCUCAGCAGUCUCGUGGCAGCCCCUGUCCGUGCACCACAUGCAUCCGCCAGUCCUCAAGCGAACCUGCUGAACAGUGUCGGUAAUGGUGGGACCAGCAUUGGAGGUGUUGCGUCAGCACCCACCUCCUCGCAGGUGUCUCUGGCGUCAUCACUCUCAUCCUCUUCGCCGCUCUCUUCGUUGUCGGUGGCAUCGUCGGUAGCGCAGCAGGAACGAGGGAGUGCCCAGGCAAACCACCUCUCGGUCAUAUCUCCACCCCUGAUGAACCUGCGGGGUGUCGUCAAAGCUGAGUCUGCCAUCUCACCACCAGCCGCCGGACACGGUUCGGUGGCAGCGGGAAUGUCAGCGUCAGCCGGCAAAUCGAUGCUUUCCGUGCAUGAGGUGAUAGCGAGAAGCAUCAGCAAAAACUUUCAACAGCAUCAGCAGUCCGACAUCAUGCACAAGCAGCAGAUGGAACAGAUGAAACGGCCGAGCAUUUCCGUCAUCAAAACCCUCGGUGACAUCUCACACUUCGGAAGUGCUGCGGCAGCAGCCGCUGGGCUCGGUCCGGUGGGAAGUGCGGCACAGUUAGCGGCGGCUGCGGCGGCCGCUGCGGCCAAUAAUACCGGCACUGGCGGAAAAGGCACACGUCCCAAGCGGGGCAAGUACCGGAACUACGAUCGAGACAGCUUGGUAGAGGCGGUGAAGGCAGUGCAACGGGGUGAAAUGUCGGUACAUCGGGCGGGAAGCUACUAUGGCGUACCUCACUCAACCUUGGAGUAUAAAGUAAAGGAGCGGCAUCUGAUGCGGCCGAGAAAGCGCGAACCCAAACCCCAGCCUGGGCUGGACGAUCAUCGACUCGGCGGUUCGUCGUCUUCGAAAGGAACGUCCGAUGGUUCGUCUUCUCUCCGCGGUAUCGAUAAGGGUAAGGGUGGGAUGGGUGGUCUUGGCGGUGGAUCGAAGGGUUCCGCCGGCCACGCUGGGAAAAACCAUCACCAUCUGCAGCAACAGGCGCAGCAGGCGCAGUUCUCCACCAACUCACCCAACGGUGCGCUCGGUGCGAAAAUGCCCAUGUUUGAUGCUUCGGCCAUGGCUUACGGUGCACCCUUCUUCUGGCCCCACGCGUCCGGCUUCGGUGGCAUGGCGGGCGUUGACUUUGCCCGCGGCCAAUCCACCCCCGAUGGCGUAUUCAAUUCCCCGUCGCUAAUGCAGCGGUUUCAGCAGGAAGCCACGGCCAGUCCACUGUCACCAGCCGACACGCGACACUACGCGGGUGGAAAGUCCGGCCCGGCCGGUGCCAAUGCUGCGGCCGCUAGCUUAGCCGCCCUGCCCAAGGGUAGCAGUGUGCGUGAAAUGGCCGAGCAGCUGUACGACGGUAGCGGUGCCAACGGUGGCUCCUUCCUGGACGACAUCAUCCGACAGAGCCUCGACAAAAAGUCGGGCGAACUGAAUACCCACAAUGCGCUGUUCGAUCAUCUGCUGAAGGGCAAACUUCGCUCGUCAGCAGCGGCAGCAGCAGCCGCCGCCGCUGGCUCCAUAGGUACUUCAGAGGACGCCAACACGGCCGCACUGCUUGCCAAAGCGGCAACGAAACGAGCCGCCACCAGUCCUCCGUUAUCCUUCCACCCGGAGAGCGUCAAGCGCGAGCGGGCCAGUCCCGGUGCCUCGUCCACGUCCUCGACCGGCAGCAGCAAUCACCGAAUGGGCAACGAUCAUCAACAUCACGGGCACGGUCUUCAGCAGCAGCAGCAGCAGCAACAAAACCCAUCACAGUCGGCCACCUGCGUCAACACGCCCGAGCAGUUACUGGCGAAAAACGUCGAAAGCCUCAUGAAACUGCACGAGAAUCUUUCGUCGAUGUCCGUGGCGCACCUACAGCGGACCGCGAUGGAAGAACUCAACGGUACACAAGGCGCCACCGGCGGUGCAGCCCGGGGAUCGCUGCUCGGCCACCAGUCCGACGCGGUGGAUCAGCACGGCUCGGACGGUGACACGGACACGGACUCGAUGCGAUCGCACACCACCAACCAUCACGGCGGGCACAGCCUGCGCCACAGUUUGCUGCAGCAGCACCACCACCACCACCAGCGGGGCCUGACGGAUGACAGCUCAUAG